AUGCAGCCUCAUCACUCUCUCCCGGCGCGACCGCCGACUAGCACAUAUUCGGCACCGCCUUCAAGAUCAAACAACGCUGGCGCGCGCGCCCAAGGCAACUCGCCUAUGUCUGCUGGUUUUACACCGCGCUCUGUGGCAGCUCAUGCUCCUCCACAGGCGUUUGCUGCGCCAGCAAACUAUGCGCAAGCCCCAGUGAGCGCCCCCUACCAAGCACCCGCUUACCCGACCAGCAAUGCUUACAACAACUACUCGUACCCAGCCUAUGCAACGGGUGCCCCUACUACGACCUCAUACACAGCUGCCCCGACCGUGAACCGUGGGUUUGCUGGUACCUAUGAUCCCGAAGAAGAGGCUCGGAUCGCCGAGUGGAACAGCGCAUACAAUGCCGGCGAUGCGAACGCGAAGAAGAGCGGCGGCGCAAGCGUAGGCGCUCGACCGGAAGCAUCAGCCCCUCAGGAUGCCGAAGCAGCGGGACCGACAGCUGAUGGCAAGCGCAAGACUGUCGUCCGCGAGGGAGGUGGAAAGCAGUGGGAGGAUGAGACUCUACUUGAGUGGAAUCCGUUGCAUCCGCGACUGUUCAUCGGUAACCUCGCGGGUGAAGUCACCGAUGACUCGCUCCUCAAAGCAUUUGCAAAGUACCCCUCCUUAUCUAAAGCCCGCGUCGUGCGAGACAAGAAGUCCACCAAGAGUCGCAGUUACGGCUUCGUCAGCUUUUCAGACACCGACGAUUACUUCCGCGCUGCCAAAGAGAUGAACGGCAAGUACAUUGGCAGCCACCCAGUCCUCAUCAAGCGCGCCACAUCGGAGGUCAAGGCUGUCACAAAGGACGACAGACACAAGCAAGGAAAGAACAAGAACAACAAGGAUAACAAGAACAAGUCUGGCAACGGCAAUAACAGUACUCCCGCGGUAGUAGCAUCUCCUGCCAUGUUCAUUCCCCGUGGCGUCCAGAAGAAGGGCAAGUCGAACGGUCCAAGGGUGUUGGGUUGA